AUGGCCGGCGCUCGCACAACCGCGCGAGCUUUGGCGAAGCCCUUCCUGAUCGGUGGAUCGGCGGGACUCGCAUACGUCGCCUACAAAGCGCUUAACCCCAAACCCACACCUAGCUACGCCGAGCUGACAAGAGGCGGGCCCAACGGCGGACACUCUACACCGCCAAAGGUACCGACUCUGCCCACACGGCAGGAGCACCUUGCGCGGCUGCGCGCCGCCAGCACCGAGGACACCCAGUACGAUCUCGUCAUCAUCGGCGGCGGAGCUACAGGCGCUGGAAUCGCUCUCGAUGCCGCGAGUAGAGGGCUGAAGGUGGCGUGUGUCGAGCGGGACGAUUUCUCCUCCGGAACGUCGUCCAAGUCGACGAAGCUCGUUCAUGGGGGCGUCAGGUAUCUGGAGAAGGCGGUAAAGGAACUGGAUUACUCACAAUACACACUCGUGCGCGAGGCGCUGAAGGAGCGCGCAGUGUUCCUGACUAUCGCGCCGCAUCUGAGUAUGAGUCUGCCGAUCAUGCUGCCCAUCUAUCAGUGGUGGAAGGCGCCGUACUUCUGGGCGGGUACCAAGUGUUACGAUCUCCUAGCGGGGAAGGAGAAUCUCGAGAGCUCGUACUUCUUGACGAGGGGAAAGGCUCUGGAGGCGUUUCCGAUGUUGCGAGGCUCGGGUCUGGUGGGCGCGCUUGUGUACUACGACGGAUCGCAUAACGACUCUCGCAUGAACGUCACAAUCGCACUGACGGCCGCAUUGUACGGAGCCACGGUCGUCAACCACGCCGAGGUCAACGAGCUUGUCAAGGACUCGGCGACGGGCAGAAUCACUGGAGUGAGAGUGAAAGACUUGCUCUCGGGGAAGAGCGGAGACGACUUCUUGGUGCGAGCAAAGGGUGUGAUCAACGCUACGGGGCCAUUCACCGACUCAAUUCGAAAGCUUGACCAUGCUGAGACCCAGGAGAUUGUGGCACCCAGCAGCGGCGUGCACAUCGUGCUACCUGGAUACUUCUCUCCGGCCCGAAUGGGCCUCAUCGAUCCGAGCACCUCCGACGGGCGCGUGAUCUUCUUCCUCCCUUGGCAGGGAAACACAAUCGCCGGCACCACUGAUGCGCCGACGACGAUAACUCCACACCCUCUCCCCCGAGAGGAGGAGAUCAACUGGAUCCUCUCCGAGGUUCAGCGUUACGUCUCACCCGAGAUCACCAUCCGCCGUAGCGACGUCCUUGCGGCCUGGUCCGGAAUACGCCCGCUCGUCAAGGACCCAGACGCGAAGAAUACCGAAUCUCUCGUCCGAAACCACCUGAUCAACAUCUCAGACUCUGGCCUCAUCACCAUCGCCGGCGGAAAAUGGACCACCUACCGACAGAUGGCCGAAGAAGCCGUCGAUGCCGCCAUCAAGGAGUUCCGCCUCAUGCCCGGCCCCAAACCCGCCGCUUAUUCCUCGCCCGGCAUGAUCCCCAUCACCGGCAAUUGCCAAACAGAGCACGUCCAACUCGUUGGCGCCCACGGCUUCUCCAAGACGCUCUUCAUCCACCUGAUCCAGCACUUCGGCAUCGACGCCGAGGUCGCACACCACCUCGCCCACAACUACGGCGACCGCGCCUGGGCGGUGGCAUCGCUCUCGGAGCCAACCCACGCGCGCUUUCCUCUGCGAGGCAAACGCCUCGCCGAGCUCUACCCCUUCAUCGACGGCGAAGUCCGCUACGCCGUGCGCAGCGAACUCGCACAAACCGCCGUCGACGUCCUAGCCCGGCGCACGCGUCUCGCAUUCCUGAACGUCAAUGCGUGUCUCGAGGCACUGCCGAAGGUCAUCGACAUCAUGGCGGUCGAGCUCACGUGGAACAAGGGCAGGAAGGAGCAGGAGUGGAAGGAUACAGUCAACUUCCUGGUCAGCAUGGGGUUGUCUGAGGCGCGCGCUGGGAUCACGAGGAAGGAGGUCGAGGGAGGCGUCGUCAGCCGUUGGGCUGAGGAGGAGAUGGUUAGAUCAUCUUGUUCGUUCUCUUCUUCACUCUAA